UCAACUAUGGCGAACUUGAGUUACGAACCGAUUCCUGGACCAUCAACUGAUUAUGCAGGAAAUAAUAAUUCUUCACAAUCUUCGACUUUGCUCUACAUGCCUGAGCAUGUACUGGAACAUGUUUUAUCUUAUUUGUCUUAUCAUGACAUCAGUGAAAAUCGACGAGUAUGUAAAGACUUCAACCGGACCUGCCAGCAGCUGUUAACUCAUGGCUUUACGAAGGUGGACAAAUUCCAUGCACGGAUACAAAAACAGGUGAAAAGCAAGUUGCCACGCAGGGAAUCCGAACGCCGCAAUCAUGUACUGUCUCGUCAUGUCGACAUCUUGUCAGCUCUAGAGACUCGACUUUCUUUGCUGUCCAUGACUUACUCAAAAUACAUAGAAUCGGAGCUCUGCUGCUUUAUUCCAGGAAAGGUCAUGGAUGAACUUUUCCGUCUCCUGCGAAUACUACAGCAGACAAAGGGCCAACCUCCGAGAGCACAUGAAUUUCUUCAGGAGCUCCGAGACAUAUCGUCGAUGGCGAUGGAACAUUUUGAAGAAAACAUUGUCCCAUGGUUUAAGCAGAAAUUCCCUCCAGGUGUGCUGCACUUCGGACAGCAAUACGCCAACUCACAUACAGACUGCUCAUCAGCUGACAUUGUAGUAUCACCCCUUUCUACGAUGCGAGUGGCCAACUUCCCCACCUUCCGGCAGGAGAUAAUCCGUCUACAGCAGCAAGUGCGCGCACAGAACUCAUGCCUCCAGGUGUGCAAGAAGGAACUCACUGAGCAUAAGAGCAAGCUGAUGGAGCAGAAGAAACUGAUAGCCGAGCAGGAGAAGAAGCUACAGGACCAGGCUAACAUGAUAGGAGAACAGGACAAGAAGAUGCGGGAACAAGCCGGCAUGUUAACAAUGCAUGCUGCACGGCUUGACACACUGACUGUCCGACUGAACAACAUGACGAAUGCCGGUCUGACGUGUAACAGUAUAGAACUGAAUAAGAGUGAUGAGGACAGGGUCAGGAAGAGCACUGUGAUAGAAAAACUGGUCAUGUCCUCGCGAUCGUCACAAAGAAUUCACGGCAAACGACACAGGAGCAAUUUGUCGGAGGAGGAUGUGGCAAAUAUUCACAAGAAUGUAAAAAAGAAGAAGAUUUAGUGUGUUACAUUGUUAGUAAAUUAUACAAAUGUUUGUCAGUAGAAUUUAAAGAUUAUAUAAUAUAAAAGUCAUGAAUUUCAAACUCUUCUUAACGAAAUGGCAUGUUAAUUCUACCAGUUAUAAAUUUCUAGGUAGAACACUGCUGUGGGUUUAUCUAUGUUAAAUUGGUGCCAUAUUGGGUAUCUCUAACCAAGUGCAAAGUUUUUGAUAGAAGGUACAUGUAACUUUGGGUCCCGUUUUACAAAGCGAUCCUAGCGCUAAGAUCACCUUAAGUGCAUAAGGUAGUUAUGCCCUUAAGAUGAUGUUAGCACUAGGAUCAGGGCCCUAGGCCUGGUACUUAUAACACUUUUGGUCUAGACUCAAGAAUUUAAUAGUCUGAGAAUCUGAUGUCAUACAUAUUGUAUGCGUGUGACGUUAUUAAAGAUUUGAGUCUAAACUCUAAAAGAAAUUAAGUAAGGGUCCUGGUGUUUUGCUUCAAAUUACUCAGAGUGCAUUUCUGGUAUAUGGGUACAGUUAUCACAUUACUGCAGAUUGAAUUAUUUUUAUCCAUAUCUCACAAUAGUGAUUACAUUUUUACGGGGGGUGGGUGGGAUUGGGGUUUUUUUAAAUAUUUUAUCAGAUUUUAUAUGUCUACCUUUGACGGGUCAUAUUAUGGUAUGGUGGUGUCCUUCUGUUAACUUGUAAUUUGUAAAAAAAAAUACAGCACAUUCAAAAAUAUUUUGAAAGUAAAAUGAAAAACCAAAAAACAAAGAAGACAUUAAGAAUGACAUUUUCAGAUAAGGGAUUUAAAAAACACUUUAAAAAAAAAAAGUAAGUAUCUCAUUAGACACACAUUAUUUUUUAGAACUAAUAAUGAGAUAAUUCUGUACUGAAAUGCUUAAUAUGUCUUGUUGCAUCUUCAGGUAUUAAUAACUUAAUAGACUUUUUAAUAUAAUUUUAAUAUUAAUCUGUCCUUUGACAUCGAUGGUCCUAUUGAAACAAAUCAUGUACCACUACUGAAUAAAAUGUAGUUUUUAUGUUUGUAAAAAUAGCUGGAAAUGUGUCUUCCUAUGAAAUGGAUAAAUUAGUGUUGUAAAAGAGACUGUUUAGGUUAUUUGUGUUGUGUUACUUGUGCAUUGAAGGGAAAAUACAACAAACAGGUGAUUUUAUGUGGUAAAAUGUUUUUGAUGUCUUAUAAGCAGUCCAUUUGACACCCAAAAGUUGACGUGGGUUUUGUUUUGUGCUGAUGUGUUGUAAAACAUUCAUUCGUCCAUUCAUUUAUAAGCAGGCCUGUAUUCCAGUAAUCUAAGUGAUUACAUCUUGUUAAUUUCUUGUCAUUAGUUGGAGAUUGGGGGCGGGAUUUAGUUCAGUUGGUUGAGUGCUCUCCUGAGGUGCUUGCGUCGCAUGAUCGAACCACCUCAGUGGAUCCAUUCAACUGAUUAUGGUUUUUUUCAUUCCAAUCAGUGCACCAUAAC